AUGAAGUUUUACCAUUUGUUUGCACCAUGUUGGUGCUCUAGGUUUACCCAGAGGAAUUUGCUGCGAAUAUACCCUAAGGGUACACGAAUUGGCUCAUCUAACUACAAUCCUCUGGUUGGUUGGAUGCAUGGAGCUCAAAUGGUUGCAUUGAACAUGCAGGACACUAAUGAAUGUGAUUAUCCUCUUAUCACAAGAGUCAUUAGGGAAGCCAUUCUCAGAAUCAGCAUCAACUGGACAUGGAAAGCAUCAGAAGGAAUGUUCAGAGCCAAUGGUGGCUAUGGUUUUGUGAAAAAACCAGAUCUUUUCUUAAAUACAGAUUUUGAUCCCAGGGAGGCUUUACCAAUUAAGACUACUUUGCAGGUGCGUACAAAUAUAUCUGGGGGAAGGAUGGCAUUCAGAUUUCCACCAUACACUUUGAUCUAUGUUCACCGCCAGACUUCUAUACAAGGGCGCUACAUAUCCCAAACCCAACUUGAGGUUAGGUUUAUCUGUGCGGCUGUAUUGGGGCUAACAGAUAUGCCAGAUUUUGUGUUAUUUUCUGGUUGGUCAGACCAGGUUGGAAUUGCAGGAGUUCCUGCUGAUACGAGAAUGAUGGAAACUACGGCAAUUGAGGAUCAAUGGAUACCAGUGUGGGAUGAGGUGUUUAUAUUCCCACUCACUGUUCCUGAACAGGCUUUACUUCGGAUUGAGGUUAUGGAGUACGACACAUCCAAAAAACAUGAUUUUGGCGGCCAAACAUGUCUACCACUGUCCGAGUUGAGGACUGGGAUCCGAUGUGUUCCACUGCAUGAUCAGAAGGGAGAAAGGUUCAAAUCUGUAAGGCUUCUUAUGGGUUUCAGAUUUAUAUGA